GGAAGGUGAUAACAGAAUGCGGUGUUGUCCUGAGGGGCCCCUGGAGCCGUGACCGCUUGGCCUGGAGUUUUCCCAGAAUGCUUCCUACCAGGAUGUGCAAGUGGUGCUACUCGACAUGUUACAUGUUCCUGUGGAGGCUGUGUGUGAUGAAAUAAGGAUUCGAAGGACGCAGAGAGCAAAAACAUCAGCGGAGGAACGAGACGGUAGAACCAGGAGAAAGUCUGUGAAGAAUGUUUGGUCAUGAGAAUGUCCUGUGGUGCGUCCUGCUCUCCUGGGUGGGUCUGGGACUCUCAGCUCUAAUCACUACUCAGGGACACUUUGGCGUCACCGACAAGAACUACGAUAACUUUGCUGUGGGGUAUCCAGGCUCAAAUUAUCGGUCAACCCUAAGUAGUAUAUAUCUUCCUGCAGGGAUGAGCGAACAGCAGGCUCUGCUGUGGUGUCUUUACAAGUGCGUCGAGACCCCUUACUGCCACUCCUUCGUCGUCGACAAAGGCCUCACCUACUGCUCAUUGACCGGUUAUGACACUUGUGUUGAUCAUUCCAGUCAGCUGUACGGGGUGCCAGGCGUGCGGACGUACGACGUUAGGAUAGGAAGCUUGCCAAAGCCCAUCCGGACCUGCUACAGCUCUUGUACCGGCUCGUGCGCCUACUGCGGAAGGAUGAACUGCAAGGGCGUGAAUUGCGACACCUGUGCGCACUUCUGCUGGGACCCCCAAGUUUACAACAUCACAGAUUCAGUUCUUCUUUGGCCAGACCUCGCGCUGUACAUGUCAAUUUUUUACAGUUGCGACAAAGGCUGGCAGAAUAUUUGGGAAUACAAUGAAGUCAGUCAUGUGGCCACGUCAUAUGCGUAUCCUCUGUUGUUUACCGGGCCAACGACUCUCCGCCUGGCUGUGAUUUACAAUUACACCACCAUUCUCUACUCCUACUUCAACAACUUCACCUUCGCCGGAAACAUGAUCUCCGUCGGGUCCUACCUCGGGGGCAAGGCGGGAAACUACUGGAAGGCGCCCUUUGAGAACCAGUCCUUGAUUUUCAACGCCAGCUGUCCGUUCUUCUACCCGGCAUCCAAUAUCAACUGUAACCUGACAGCCGUGAGCAACUCCAGCAUUACAUGGCUGUCAGGGUUCUCUGCUUUUGACGCCAAUGUCACCGCCACCAAUAUUAACGUAACCAAGGUUCAGUUCUGGGUCAUUCCGAAGGGCAUGGAGUGGCUCAAACUGGGAUAUUAAUUAGUCAUUAACGUUAUCGGAACCCUCAUGAUCAAGACCGACGAUGUUGACCGUCCCAUGAUGACAAAAUCGGCCUGGACAAUAGACCACACAUCCGCAAUAAAUACGAAAAAAACUACAAAUAAGGCCAUUUUGACGGAUGCGAUGCAGUAACUGAAGAAACACUACUUCUAAAGUUGCUGUGAACGCAUUAUAGAAUGAUGCAUGAAAUUACAAAGCCAUGAACGCAACUGGGAACGGCAAAUCAUGGAAUGAAGAAAAUCAUUCCGUCUGCAAUGUUGCUCAAACAUCUCUCUCUCUCUCUCUCUCUCUCUCUCUCUCUCUCUCUCUCUCUCUCUC